GUUUUAUAAUAACUUCACUGGUUCAGAGAUUUGUAUUUAUACGGCGUUGUUUUAUAUUUUUAAUGCAACCUCUAUUUUGAAACGAGAACCACGAGUUGACCCGGAAGUAAAACCCUGGCAGCUGUUGAUUGGUCAAAGGCGGGUUGUCAGUUCUUACGUUUUUAAGCGGCAUGGACUCUAUGUCUGGUGAAGGUUAAAUUACAGUGAAGUGAGGCUUUAUUUUGAUCGCAUGGUAAAGUACACCUGUGCCCAAUCAAGAAUGCAGAGAUGAGCGUGUGUGAAUAUGGAAACAGGCUUCUCCGGUGGGCACUGCUGCUUUGCAGGGACAAGCCACCAUGGCAACCUUUUGGCUCCAGGGUGCUGGGUGUUGGGUCUGUACCACCAAUGGGGCUUCACACAGCAGUCCCAUGUUACUGCAGCACGAGGCACAGUAGGAUGCUGUUUUCCACAAGUGAUGUCAGCAUGGUGAGGUUUUACACGCAGGGGGAGGCUGGGUCCAGUGUUCAAUCUGCAUCUGAGAAUGUGGGGGGGCCCCCCGAGAUCCAGAUUUCUCCAGUUCCGGGCCGGGACUUUCGGCUCGAGCAUCAUCUGGACGUAAAGGCUGAGCCGCAGGUAUCGUUCUACAACCAACUGCAAGCAUGCUGCUCUCCGGUGGACGUGCUGGAUCUGUGCGGGCAGCACACCAUGACAUGGAAGCGAAUGAGUUACACCUUGGGCCGUACCUGGGACGCUCUGAAGGCGAUCCCCGAAGAGCAGAGGAGCUACCAGCUCCAGUUGGUGUAUGAGCACCCUGCCUUUGAGAAGCUGUGUAUGCGCCUCAUGCACGAGUCGCCGCAAAUGAAACACAGCGAUGUAACGCACUGUCUGCUGGCGCUCGUGAAGUUGGGGGUGUCCCAGCGCAGCCGUGUGGUACAGACGCUCCUGCGAGCUGCACAGGAGAAGCUGAAUGACUUCGAUGAGAGGUCCCUGUCGGUGUUGGCUAGCUCCCUGGAGGUCAUGCAGAGCUGCCAGAAUGUAGAUGCCUUGAAGAAGGGCCUUAAGCUCCUGAUGUGGGACAGGGUACCAGCCAUCCAAAAUGUGGAAGCACUACAGAGUCUGAUGCGUUGUGUGGGCAAGGAUGCACCCAAGAGCUUAAAGAGAAAGCUAGAGGAAAAAGCACUGUCAAUGACUGACCAGUUCACCCUUCCCAACAGUCAGUAUAUGUUCAUCACAUUAGCUGCCAUGAACUUCUUCUCCAAACCCUUGUUGAACAUCUGUAAAAACAAAAUCAUUGAGAACAUCGAAGGUGUCCCUUUCAGUAGGCUGAUGCUGGUCCUGAAAGCUUGCAAGACUCUGCAAUACAGGGAUCACCUAAUGCUCUCUUCUGUUGCUGAGCACUGGGAAUCCACCUUUGACAUGUGGAACCACAAGCAGUUAGUCACCCUCCUCUUGAUCUUUGAGGAAUUGGGUUUCCGUCCAGCCUCCCUAAUGGACAAAAUUUCAGAGAAGGUCGUCAGAGACUCUGCAUCACUGACAAAGUGGGAUCUCCAGUCCCUUUUGAAAACAUACUCCUCCCUGAACCACAUCCCUCAGCUUUACAAGAAGGAAUUCUUGGACAGCAUGACCAAUCUGUUGGAGUCCUAUCUGCCCAAAAUGACUCCAUUAGAGAUCCUGAAGUGUGUGUACUUCCUGUGUGUCCUGGGCCACUUCCCCUCGGCUCCCUUUGAGAAACUGCUGUCCGAAGAAACUUUGCAUGAGCUUCUUUCCAAAGACGGUGAUUCCCGAAAGGAGGUUGAGUGGAGGCUGCACAGCGUGGAUCUCUGUCUGCGCUUCGAUCGUCCCCCUCUGCUGCAGACUGUGACAGUCCCUGCUGGUGCUACCCCUGGGCACCCCACAUGCCUGACGAGGUCCAUCGGCAAGGAAAUAAUAGAAAUACUCCAAAGUAUCUCUGGAGACAGUGCUGUGCAAGAAGGCGUGCUGCUGGAGAACUCUUACUUCCUAGAUUGUGCAGUUAUGCUGCCACUGAGUGGGCUGGAGGUUUGUGCACCAGCAGAUGAAGAGCCUUCCACACCUAAACAGUGCCACAGGCUGGCAGUGUUGAAUGUCUCUCCCUCAUCCUUCUGCUUGGGAACCCAACACCCCAGGGGAAAACUGGCACUGAAACUUCGUCACCUCAAGGCUCUUGGGUACUCACCUAUCCUGGUGUCUCAGAGCGAGUUGGAACGUCUGUCACAGGAGGAGAGGGAGAAACUUCUCAGAAGAUUAGUCCUUGGGGUGAGAGAAGAGGUCCCGUCUGUAUUUGAGAGAAAAGAGCCCAGAGGACAGGAGAGCUGUGAGUGACAUGGAGAGUGGAGCUGUGAGAUCUGUGUUAAACACUCCAUGCAGGGGAGGGACAUUUGCAAAUAACUGGUGAACUGGAGGAAGUAGAUGUCUCAUCUAUUCACAUUAUGGCCUACUGUAAUUACUUUUUGAAAAGCUCCAGUUAUAUUUUCC